GUGAUACGGAACACACUGAUUUCUCUCGUACAGAUUCCCCCGAAUACUGGCAGACACGAUGGGUAUCGUGUAUGUGACAUCCCUAUUUUACAUGCUCAUCUCUGGUAAGUUUAAAGCACUGAGUAGCCAAAUGUAUUGUUAAAUCUGUACCAAAUAACAUCCAACUUCCUAAUAAGCAUUGAAACCAGACGUUAAAAAACAGAAAAUGUAAAGGUUUUUGUUUUAACCAGGAGUAGGUGAAGGAAUAGCGAAUUUAGGACAAAAUCGCUGAAAACAUAACUCUGUCACAGAAUUUCUAAAUUUUGCUAUUUUGACCUAACAAUUGAAACUGGCUCUGUCACCUUCUGGGGGUCUGUGUAUAUUUUACAAAGACCCCCGACGGCGACAUCGCUGCUUGGUGUGUGGUGGCUCAGUGGCGUACUAAGGGAUGGGCGGGAGGGGGGGUUGGGAUGGUCCGACCCGGGUGCCACCAGGUAGUUAGGGUGCCGGGCGGCCGGCACAGCUCACACAUACAGAGACCAGCUGAACUGGAAGAAAGUGGGGGCAGAUCUACUAAAAUUUAUGUAACUGUGUGUAUGUGUGUGUAACUGUCUGCCUGUAACUCUGUGUGUGUCUGUCUGUAACUGUGUGUAUGUGUGUAAUAGUCUCCCUGUGAUUGUCUGCCUGUGACUGUGUGAUGCUGCCUGUACAUGUGUGUGUGAGACUGUGUGCUUGUGACUGUGUGUGACUGUCUGCCUGUAACUGACUGUGUGUGUGUGUGUGUGUGUAACUGUCUGCCUAUAACUGUGUGUGACUGUCUGACUAUAACUGUGUGUGACUAUGUGUGUGGGACUGUCUGCCUGUGACUGUGUGAUGUUGCAUGUAACUGUGUGUGUGACUGUGUCUGUGUAAGAAUGACUGUAUGUGUGGCUGUCUGCCUGUAACUGUGUGCAUGACUGUCUGGCAACAACAGUGUGUGACUGCUUGUAACUGACUGUGUGUGUGUGUGUGUGUGUAACUAUCUGCCUGUAACUGUGUGUAUGACUGCCUGUGACUGUAUGUGUGACUGUCUGGAUGUAACUGUGUGUGACUCUGCCUGUAACUGUGUGUAUGACUGUAUGUGUGACUGUCUGCAUGUGACUGUGUGUAAGGGCGAACAGGGAUUUUGUAGAAGGGGGUAGGGUUUUUGUAUUGGGACAGGGGUCUUAGCAGGGGAUUUGUAGAAGGUGAGUGCAGGGGUUUGUAGAAGGGGCUAUGCAGGUUUUUUUUUUAGGAAAGGGUCUGUGCAGGGGCAGAAGGGGGCUGACAGGGGUUUUACAAAGUUUACAAAUUUAUGCAAUACAUUUAAAAAAAAAAGAACACCUUUUACAAAUUUUGCAGGUGUUUUUAAAAUAAAAAUAAAAUUUGGGCGGAGAGAAAGGGGUGCCAAACACAGGAUCUGCCCCGGGUGCCACAUGUCUAGGUACUCCCCUGCCCAGGGGUGCAGGGGGAGUUAGGUUUUACUUACCUUUAGCUGUUCCUCGCAGCCGCUGCCAUCUCUAUUCAGGGAUCCUCUUCAGGUCCUAGGGCUUCAGGUGCCAGUAGCCCACGUCAGUGCUGUAUUCUUACCUAUAAACAAGAGUACAACAGUAAUGUCUAUGGAGGAACCUGCGAGAUCCCGGCAGCAUCCACAGAAAAUAUUUUUCCUCACAGCCCUCACUCAUGACUGUCAAAACACAAGGAAUGAGUGCCAAGUGGCCCACACAGUCUAACCCCUUACUCUAAUUCCACCUUAUUAACCCCCAUUAACAAAAAUGUAAAUAAUGUUUGUAGAUCUGUACCAGUUUGUGUAAAAUUAUAUGUGAAUGUGUCCUUCUUAUAAAACUAUUUGUGUUUUCAAUAAUAUAACUUGGGUUUUAUACUCAAAUAGCUAAUUGUAGGAGAAUUUUUACAGCUUUGUAUUUUUGGCUUACACUUUCGGUUUAUCAGUUUGUCAAUUUAGCAAAAACACUUGUUAAGUUAGCAAUUCAGAUUCAAUGAUUUUUCUUAGCAGUAAGUCCGAAGACCUAUAUAUAUUCUGUAUCUGAAUGACUGAGCGCUAUGAAAAUGCCCUAGAGAACUAUGUCUAUAAACCAGGGACUGAUAGUAAAACCAAAUAGGUGAAACAGUUAAUUUGUCAAAAAAGCAAGACUAAACAAAAAGCAGAGAUUUCUUUUAUGUUCAAGCAAGCUCCACAGAAUAUGCACCAAUAGUCCCCCAAAUAUGACCAAUAAUUGCAGAUGUUUGAUUGGAGUUAUAAAGCAGAUGUAUUUAGACUGGGAUUAAGUGUUAUGUCAUGUCUGCCAUCAUCUCUUUUUCCGUGUGUGUAUGGUUUGGGCUCUGAUUGAGAACCAGUAAAAGUUCCUCCUUGAUGUCAGCAGACGGGGCAGGCUUAGAGUGGUGGGAUUUUUUUUGUAAAUCACUGCAUUUAAAACCCACUGUGUGCAGGGCGUCUACAGGACAGCCAGUUCUAUACACUAUAACCUGUGCAAUAAACUGUGCUUUUAAGCCUUUCAAAGCAUUAUAGGAAUUGUAGUCAUGCUGAAGGGGAUACUUUCCCUAGCCUGUAACAUGCCCCAUCAAAGAAGAGUUGGAAACUGGAAACUGUUAUGUCCAUCCCCCAUAUGUUUUUAGUAGCCACCACCCGUCACCCAUGAGGGCAAUAAGUCCCCCCCAUUUACUUAAUUUAACCUCAUCUGCCACCCAUGGGAACACUAUGUCCCCUUUGUGAAUGAUUUAGUUAAUAGCGCCACCCUCCGCCUAUAGGUAGGAGCUGAGGGGAUCACUGCCCCCUUGUGCAUUUUCUUAUUAGCCCCGGCACUCUUCUUAUGGGAUGACCAAUCCUACUUUUUUAUUUAAUAGCCCCAACCCUGACCACAAGUGGGGGCAGGGAAGUGGACAGUGACAUGUCCACCAACCAUUAUUUAAUUUUCCAGGUCCCCGACAGAUAUUUGUAUUAGCAGUCGCUGCCUGCUCACUGUUUAGUAGACAUGCCCCAACCCACCAUGCCUCCCUUAUACUAAUUUGGGGUCAUAUUAGCUAUUUGACUGCUGGCUGCUACUGUUGCAGAUGGGCAUAGAGGAAAUAAAAGUAUUUAUAAACUAUUUUUAGGUGUCAAUUCAAUGAGACUAAUAAUUGGGAUUAGGUUCUCGAUAAAUGGAACUGAAUCACUGACGCCAACAUUUUCAAUAGUUUGAUAUUCUAACCGAUAUUUAUCAGCAGUAGGUAAGCAUUUAACGGUGGGAAUUUAAUCGAUCUCAAACAUUAAACGGCCCAUCGGAAGCCAAUAAGCCACCAAUAAACAAGAUGAGCUCUAAUUUAAUCAGGUCAUAGCGUCACAGAGAGAAGCACACCCAUACAUUUACAUAAUGGGCACAAAAGCUUACAAUGUACACAGACCAUCCCGUACCAGAGAAACUAGGAGGGCAUGUUUUAAUGUCUUUUCUUCUUCUUGUAUUCUGAAUGAAAGCCUCGGGCUAUUACCAUAACAUGUCUACAUAGUAUAACAGCUUGAUGACGUCCAUGAAGAAUAAUUACAAAGGGCGUAAAGUAUAAAACUGGUCAGGAAUUUCUGUUAUUCAGCUAUAAAUUGAUAGAUCCACGCUAUGGGAUUUACUUUCACUUUCUCUGUAUAUCUAUGUCUCUCAGUCUCCAUUUAUCUCUGUGUCUCUCUCUCUAUGUUUCUGUCUAUGUUUCUGUCUGUCUCUAUGUCUCAGUCUCUCUCUCUCUCUGUCUAUCUAUGUGUCUCUCUCUAUGUUUCUGUCUCCAUGCCUCUUUCUAUCUAUCUCUAUCUCUCUCUGUCUGUCUGUCUAUCUCUGUCUCUCUAUGCUUCUGUCUAUCUCUCUGUCUGUCUAUCUCUCACUGUCUCUCUCUCUCUAUGUCUCUGUCUCUCUCUAUGUUUCUGUCUCCUCUUUAGAAGAGAUGAAGACAUACAAAUAGUAUAAAUGCCUGCAAUGAUUUCCCUCUAAAAUAGAAUAGAAGAUUAUUAUUGGGCAUCAUUUAUAAUAUACGGGUCCUACAGCAGGACUUUAUGAAUGGAUAGUAGUGUUAGAAAAGGGGCCUACAUGCUGAUGGACCCAUCAUGUAGCCCAUGCACUAAGGGAAACCCAAGGGAAUGUGUCACCAGUGGCCGGUUGUGCACUGCGGCCCUUUAACAGCAUGGCCAACCCCCUUUCAUAUCAGCAGCGCUGGGAGGAAAUUACAGUCUGUCACUUCCUCCCAGCUUCAGACACUUUCAUGGUCACAGAGGGGGGAAGAUAGGGUGGCCAGGCGCGAACUGGAAUAGCCAGCCUCUGACUCCAAACAGUCUCGGGCAGCAAAUUCAACUAGAUCCCAAUGAAUCUACCUCCCUGCACCCAAAAGAUAGGAAACAUAAUGAUGGCUAAAACAUUGAUCCUUUAUAUAUCUGUAUGUCUGUUAUUGUGUGCAUCUCUGUGGCUGUUUAUCUGUAUGUGUGUCAGUGUGUGUAUCUGUGUUUCUGUGUAUCUGCAUGUUUGUCAGUGUGUGUAUCUCUGGGUUGAUGUAUCUGUAUGUGGGUCAGUGUGUGUGUCUUUGUGUAUGUUUACCAGUUUGUAUGUAUGUGUAUCUGCAUGUGUUUUAUUGUGUGUAUCUGUGUGUAUGUGUAUCUUCAUGUGUGUCAAUGUGUGUAUCUGUGUGAGUAUAUGCAGGGCCGCCAUCAGGGCAUGACAACCAUAACUGUUGUUAUGGGCCCGGCGGUCCUGGGGGGCCCGGACUGCUCAGGUCGUCCCGGGCCCCACAUUCAGUGGCGUACAUACCCGGUAUGUAUACACUGUGGCCAGCCUCUUCUCCUGGGGGGCCCAGCAGCUGGUCACCUCAGGCCCCCCGAGGCUGACCCUGGUGUCACUUGGUGGGCGGGUGGGCGCGCGCGCGCGAGGGAGUGUCAUCUUCCGGCUCCGGCAUCAGUACGUGGCACGCGAGGGAGCUGAAGAGGAAGCACUCCACUGGACCCCAGGGAAUCCCCUCAGCACUUCCAAAGGUAGGGAGGCUGGGGGGAUGAAAUCUAAAAUAACAAAAACCGUGUGUGUGUUAGUGUGUGUGUGUGUGUGUGUUAGAGUGUGUGUGUGUGUUAGAGUGUGUGUGUGUUAGUGAGUGUGUGUAUGUCUGUCACUGAGCGUGUGUCUGUCAGUAAAUGUGUGUGUCUGUUAGCUAGUGUGUAUGCGUCUGUUCGUGAGAGUGUGUGUGUGUCUUAAGCACUUACCUUUCUCCAGCGCUGGACUCCCUUGGUGCUGGGGAUCUCUCCGCCCUGAUCCGCCUCUCAGCUCCGAAUGCGCAUGCGUGGCAAAAACGCCCGUAGGAAAGCAUUAUUUAAUGCUUUCCUAUUGACGUUCAGCGUCAUCUCACUGUGAUUUUCACAGUGAGAAUUGCGGAAGCUCCUCUAGUGGCUGUCAAUGAGGAUUAACCCUCAGUUUCACUAACAUUUACACACACUAUACAUUAACAUUUACACACACUAUUCACUAACAUUUGCACAGACUAUUCACUAACAUUUACACACACUAUUCACUAACAUUUACACACACAGUAUUCACUAACAUUUACACACACUAUACACUAACAUUUAUACAAACUAUACACUAACAUAUACACACAAUAUUCACUAAAAUUUGCACAAACUACAUCCUUACACAAACAUACACUCUGCAGUCACUACACACACUAUAUCCUUACACAAACACACACUCUGGAGUCACUCCACAAACACACACACACACACUCUGCAGUCACUACACACACUACAUCCUUACACAAACACCCAGUCUGCAGUCACUCCCCCCAGGAGAAGAGGCUGGCCACAGUAGGUACAUACCGGGUUGCAGGGCGGCCGGGCCCCCUGCGACCCCGGUAUGUACGCCACUGAAUGUGGGGCCCGGGACGACCUGAGCAGUCUGGGCCCCCCUGGACCGCCGGGCCCAUGACAACCAUUAUGGUUGUCAUACCCUGAUGGCGGCCCUGCUAAGAACAACCCUGCAAGAAUGGGAAAAUGUUAGAUCCCAAGCUUGCAAAGCAUUGUGGGAUCAACCUUUUGGCCACCCUUGCAAUGCCCUCUCUGUUAAUUCCACCACUGAUAGGUAGCUCCUAAUGGCUGACUUUCAUGGCUGCCUGAAAUGCUGGGUCAAAUACACAUGGAAUGGCAUAUACUUCUUACUUUUACAAGACCCUAAUUCUGCCUUCUACCCUCACCCCUCACUGCUUUAUCCCUUCCAAUAACAGAACGCCCCAAUUUCCAACCAAUCUCAUUACAGAUAGAUAAGCAUUAAAACAUAAGGUUCUAACGUUGAUUCUACUGUGUUAUAACUUGUAGUUGAGAAAAUCAUAUAUAAAUUAGUACAAUUUUGCAAAAGUAUUGUAGAGCAAUGGUAUUACUUCAAAUCAGCAGCACUUAUUACAUCAUACCUUUCAGCUCUGUGAGCAGGCGUCUGUAUAAAAUGUAAAAUAUAAUGUAAAUUGUUAUGUAUCAGCAGAUUUCUGUGUUUAUAUUUCUGCAGCAGUGUCACCAGCAGUGUACGUCACCGAAACCCCUGAAAUAAUCACUGCUAUUGGGACGGCAAACCCCGAACUGACUCUAAUUAACACAAGAACACCACUCAACACAUUUGAGUCCACAACAAUACAACCCACAACUCCUGGGAGGUCUGUUACCUCAUCUAUUGUAAAUGACACCACAACGAUAGAUCAGAAACAGACAACAACUGAAAUCACAACUUCAACUACACCAACACAAACUGCAGCAGCUGCUAUGACCAGCAUUUCAUCAUUGUCAACUGCUGCUUCUCCCACCACUGGGAUUCCAACUGCAACAAUGCGUGAUGCAACUGUAGCCCUGUUAGAUAUAACACGACAGACAGCUGCAUCUCCAAAUGCAACGAAUGACACCACUGCUGUCUUGGAAAACAUUGUUAAUAACAGUAAUAUGACCUCUCAAACAACUGUGGCACCAACAACUACACCAAAAAUGCUGACCUCAGCACUACAAAACACAUCAUUGACUAGUACCUCGCCAUUGUCAGCUAAUGCAGAUACGGUAACUAACAUAACCGAAUCUAGCCCGGAGAUACCAACAACUACACCCCAAAUGCUGUCCUCACCCCUACUAAACACAUCAUCGUCUAGUACCUCACCAUUGUCAGCUAAUGCAGAUAUGGUAACUAACAUAACCAAAUCUAGCCUGGAGAUACCAACAACUACACCACAAAUGCUGACCUCACCCCUACUAAACAUAUCAUCAACUAGUACCUCACCAUUGUCAACUAACGCAGAUAUGGUAACUAACAUAACUGAAUCUAUCCCAGAGAUACCAACAACUACACCACAAAUGCUAACCUCACCCCUACUAAACACAACAUCGACUAGUACCUCCCCAUUGUCAACUAAUGCAGAUAUGGUAACUAACAUAACCAAAUCUAACCCGGAGAUAACAACAACUACCCCUCAUGGGCUGACCUCACCCCUACUAAACAUAUCAUGGACUAGUACCUCGCCAUUGUCAACUAAUGCAGAUACGGUAUCUAACAUAACCGAGUCCAACCCGGAGGUAUCAACAACUACACAUCAUGGGCUGAGCUUAGCCUUCUUAACCACACCUGUAGUGGCCACUAUGGCAGGUGUUACUACAACUGCACAGACUGACACAACUGCAGAGGCAACAACAACUGUUAGUAUAACACCUAUCACCAUGUCAACACCAGAACCUACAACAACUGGCAUGACAACCAAUUCAGACAAAACCACAAGUAAGUAGUGUGUUUACAUAAUAAAUAUAUACUGUUAUUUCCACACAUACACAAUCAAUAGCCACUUUAUUAGAUAUACCUUAGUGAAACAGGGCAGGAACCCACAUUUGCCACUAGAACAGCCUGCAUGUUUUGUGAAAUUAAUUAAUCAAGGUUCUAGAAACAUUUUUUAGAGAUUCUACUGAUAUUUAUAUUAUGCUCAUUUAGUGUCAAGGGGUCUAAUGUGUGCCGAUAAAACAUUUCCCAUACCAUUAAACCACCAGUAGCUUGAACUUUUAACAAAGAGAAGGAUAGAUUCAGAGUUAUAUGUUGUUUACAGCAUAUUCUGUCAUUACCAUCUGCAUGUUGAAAAUGAAGAUUUGUCAAACAAAGCAACUUUUUUCCAGUGUUCUACCGUUCAGUUUUUGGUGUGUCUGAACCCACUACAGCUAUAUCGUCCUCCCCUUAGCAAAGGAACCCAAUGUGGUCUUCUGCUGUUAUGGAAUAUCCACUCUACGGUUCUACCUUUUGUACAUUUAGAGAUUCUCUUCCACCGCACUGGGAAACAUAGUUAUUACAGUUACUGUCACCUUACUGUCAGUUGGGCAUUUUAAUUGGUGUGACUAGGCCCCUGUGUUUGUAUGUGUGUUUAUCUAAGGGUGUGUGUCAAAGUGUAUGUGUAUCUGAGUAAGUAUGUUUGUAUGUGAUAGUGUAUGCGCAUACAUCUCAGCAAUGAAACACCAACACAACAUGCACAUAUAUCCCUGAAGUUAAACGAUAAAAUGAUAUACAAGCAAGCAUUCAAACACAAAUGCUACACACCUGCAUUUCAAAGCCAACAGGACAUAAAAACAAACCCAUGCAUUCAAACAGAAACAUUACGUAGAAAAACACCACAUCAUUCCAAUGACAACUGUGCAGACAAAUACACCCCUACAUGCACACACACAUACUCCAUACAAAAAGAUUAUUACAUUCAAACAUACAAACACUGCUAACAAAUAUAACCCUUCGAACAUGAGGAAAUAGUAGAUCCCCAGAUGACAUAACAUUGUGGGAGUUAUACAACAAAUAGGAAUUUACCUUUUUGCCACCAUUGUGCUAGGGGUGGCCAAAAAGUAUCUUGCACCAGGGCCCUCUCUACAUUAGUUCCAUCAGGGCCGAUCCUAGGCGGGUGCAUAGGGUGCACCGUGCUUUGGUGCCGGGAGGUGGGAGUGCCGUGCGGAGAAGGCAGAUGGCCUGUCACAGGGGGCCCGGGAGGUGGCCACCUUAGGGCGCCCCCAGAGCGGCGCUUAUUUAGCAAGGCAGAUUAGGCACCUGCUUAUCCUUGUGGGCAGGUGCCUACUCUGCAGCAAUAUACCAGGCUCAAGCGGAGAAGGAGGCAGAAGGAAGGUGGUGGCGUGGGAGCGCUAUCUGCCCUGCUGAUAUCUCUGCUCCUCUCCGUUGCCUCGCACGCCCUCUGUUGUGAUGCCGGUAGCCGGAAUAGUAUGUUAUUCUGGCCGAGCAUCACUAAACAGUGCGAGAGAGGAGCAGGAAAAGCAUCAAAGCCAAUGGAUGACAGGGAGAGGACCCUGAGGACUCCUAAAAGUAGGAGCAACAAGCAAGAUUAAUUUGUGUAUGUGUGUGUCUGUGUCUGUCGGUGUGUCUGUCAGUGUGUGUGUGUCUGUCAGUGAGUUUGUGUGUGUCUGUCAGUAAGUGUACAAAUAUAAACAAUAAUGUACCAGCGCUACUUUUAGUUCAGAUUUUAUAUAAUUCUAUAUAUAUACAGUAGUUGGAAGAGCUGCUAUAACACUGUAGUUUAUCUUUUAACGUGGAUGUUCAAAAGAGAAGAGUGUAUCCGUGUAUCACUAUAUACUGUUUCCAUUAUUAUAACUUUUUAGCACUUACACGAUACACUCUUCUCUGUCAGUAAGUGUGUCUGUCAGUGUGUGUGUGUGUGUGUGUGUGUCUGUCAGUCAGUGAGUGUGUAUGUGUGUCUGUCAGUGAGUGUGUGUGUGUGUCUGUCAGCAGGGCCAGCCUUCGGGGUGUGCAAGCUGUGUGGUCACAAAGGGCACCAUAACAACAGAGGCGCCCGGCGGGGCACCAGCAUAUUAAAUUAAAACGAUUCCCUAGUCGUCCACUGGUGCGCACCAGUAGUAGGUGCAGUGAGAUUAUAUCCUCUCCCUUAUGGUUCCGGCACUCAGCCUGUGCUCUGACUCAACAUUGAAUGCUGGAGCUGUGAACAAGACCUCCCCAACACUAGGGACCCUGACUUCCUCUGCUCCCGGUGCUCAAGACAGCAAGGACUGUGUGUAUGUGAUUGUGAGUGACUGUUGUUACUUAUAUUGUGUAUGUGACUGGGUGUGUGUGUCACUGUGUGUGUAUGUGUGUGUGUGUGUAUGUGACCAAUACAGUGUCCAUGAUACAUUGUCCAUGAUACAGUGUCCAUAUGGCUCUGUAAAUGUGUGUAUAUUGUAUUGUGUGUGACUCUCCAGGUAUGCAUAGGACUGCAAAAAAACAGAAAAGGUGAUUUGCGCACACAGAAAAAGGUUAUUUAGUUUUAACUUACCCUUAUUAAUUCUCUGGUAACCAACACAUAGGUAAUUCUUUCAAACCUAUAUUAAAGUGAAUAAAAAAAACACACAUAGUGUAAACUGUAUAUGUAAGAUUGUAUAUACGUAAGAAUAUCUCUUCAAACUCAUAAUUUUCAGAGCCCCUUAAAAGUUGGCUCGGUACUUAUGGUGCUUUUCAUCUCAUCAGUGAGAUAUAUAGUGAAAUUUCCAGGAAUCGUCCUCAGGAACUCUGGACUGUUAUAUUACAUGCAACUCCAGAGUCCAGGGUAAAUAUUUAAUGAACAUUUAUUUAACAAAUUAUUAAAAGCAAAAACAAAAGUAGCACAACACGUUUCAGCAAUUCAAAACAGGUCUUCCUCAGGUGCAUAUACUUUUCAGACUGAACAUAUUUGGCUUUAUAUGCCAGAAAGUCUAUCAGAUAAUUGGACAAUUUCAAACACGUGUGUAAAAAAAACCACCCAUGACCAUAUAUGGUCAAGACUUGAUUUGAUCCAAAACAUUUGGCGCCCAAAGAACGUGGGGCAUCUGGAUUCUGCAUGAACAGACAGCCGGACACAGGACUGGGGAGUGGAAGUCCGAAGACUUGGCCAGGGAGCCUGAUCAGCUCCUAAAAUAUGGUAAUAACUGCUUAUUAGUAAUUGCUUGUAUUUCCUGUCUUUGUGACUAGUCUCCCUCUGUGUCCACUUCCGGCCGCCUUCAAGCUUCAAAGAAACAGGUGAAUUUUUUGCCCGGUGUUGUAACUGCAGGUGGUUCCCUUAUUUACCACUAUAAUGUCUUAAAGCAUAGAACUUAGUAGGGCUAACCAUACAGAUAUCUUAGCCAUAAUUUUAGAUAGUUUUAAGAGAUCCUCCAUUUAACAUAUAUAAAUAAUUGAGAAAACAAUAUAAAAUAAGGAUUGUCUUGGAAGCAAUAGUUUUGUCUUUUAGAUAUUUAUUAUAUAAAAAUAUAAAUAUAGACAUAUAAAAUCCAUAUAGCAGAGUUUAUAAGAUUAAACUAAAUGCUUGCAAAUAUCAUUAAUUGGUUAACAUACCCUCCUGAACAUGUCAUCAUGUCAGCCAUUUUAAGAUGGAGCAGCGUCUGUCUCCAAGUCUCUCCUCUGUGUCUUAACAUUUAAAAGUACACCUAUUUAUACCUUAGGUGUUUCCAUUUUAGGGUUACCGUACUUCAUAUAUGAAAAAGUAACACUUCUUUUACUUUAUUCAUUUUAGGACCUCCCUUAUUUUGGCAAACAUACAAGGCCAUAACUAAAGGGUGUAUACGUCAUGGAAAUUUUCCUGACUUAGUUCAAGAUGGCAUCUUAAAGUCUGAACAUCCUUAUCUACUAAGGUUACUACAGUAUAUUACAUACUGAAAGAGUCGUAGGAUCGCCUUGAAGCUUGUUUAUGCAUUAUUGUUAUUGUAAUUCGUCUGGGACAAAAUGGCGCAAACAUAUUAUGCACUGAGGUUAUUGCUUAAAGAAACAGUUAUGAAAAAUAAUAUGAUCCAUUUCUAACACCUUGUCAGUUUGCAAUAUCUCUUAAAGACAAAGUACGCAGUUUAAGAAAUACAACAUUUCAUUCUAAAACUUGUAAUAUUUGCAUUUGCCCAUAACAGUGUCUUUUUAAAAGAACCUGUUGAUUGUCUAUCUGCUUCCUGAGUGUGAGUUUUAUGUGUGAAAGUGUCUGCUUGAGAAUCCGUUUUACUACUUGCUUAACACUGUUAUAUAAUACUGCUACGUUUUGGUGAAGAGACUAGUGUUUUAGCUAAGCUCGGUAAAGAGCUUAAAGUGUUUUUUUUGUUGUUUUAGCUAAGUUUGGUAAAGAACUGGCGUAUUUUGUUUAUUGCAUACUCGGUAAAGAGUUUUAAGUGUUUUUGCACACUCGGUAAAGAGUUAAAAAAGUUAUUGUAUACGUGAUUGAGUGUGUGUGUGUGAGAGUGUGUGUGUGACUUGAGUUUAUUGUUAGCCGGCAUUUUCUUUUAAGGGGUUUGUUUCUUUUGGUUUGUAUUUGUUGUAAGGAUUUGUGGUGUAUGUGUUUUUAUUUGCAAUAUACGUAACGUUCAAGUCAAUGUCUGUCUUGUCAUGUUCCUCCUCUAUCCUAAUGAGGGAAGGAUAAAUGUGUUGUAACCCUUUGGGGUCAUUAUUAUUUUGUAUUAUUUACGUUUCUGUACAGUACUCACAUAGUUAACCUUUCUGGACACUCUCUCUCCCCCUCCCUCUUCUACCACCCCCCCUCCCUUUGCUGGCCAUUAGCUAGAGCUGCUGAACAAAAAAUAAAAAAAAUGAAUAAAUAAAAAGAGGGAUUUUUUGCUGGACAAAUAUCAUAGUUAGGAACUUUAUGUAAUAUUGUGUAUAUUGUUAAGUAAGGUGUUAUUAGCAAAUUGGAGUAAGGAAAGCAAACAAGGCAAGUGAGAAUUUGUUGGAAUAACUAGGUUGGUAUAUGGAAAGAGGCUAAUGGAUGUUUAUUUGAAUUGUAACAUAAUUAAUAAAAUCAACAACAGGGAAUGAUUUUGCAGACAUUGAAAUGUUGGAAAAACUAAAACCACACAAUGAUGAAGAUAUUUUUAGUUUUCUUGUAAAAUUUGAAAGUGCAUAUAAACUUGUUGCUAAUUUUCCUGAAGAUCAGUUAAUUAAUGAAUUUGUGAGAAAAUUUCAAGAUCUAGAUCCAAUUGCAAUUGUGAUGGCUAAACAAAAAAAGGACUUUUGAUGGAAGUUGCUUUAUUCUUAGAUAAAGUAAGGAGGGAAACCAGAAAUGAAGGGGUUAAAAUGUUUUGCGGAAUUAGGCAGAGAAAGAAGCACAGAUUUGAUCCUCCUUAGUCCCCUCCUCCUCCUUUUUCUAGGACUCAGUGUGAAGGAGUGAUACAGACAGCUGAGCCACUCCCAAAUUGUCUCAAAUAUAAACUGCAGAGUUAACAAUCAAAGGCAGACUAUAACUCCUAACGUUAUUUGUUUUUGGUGCAAUAAAUAACAUAAUUUAAGGUCUUGCAUAUAUUUUAUCCGAGAUAUCAAAUCAAAAGCAAAUGAGAAAUUGAAUUUGUUGAUUGAAAAUUUUGACAGAGACAAUUCAUGUGGAAACAAUUAAAUUAAGGCUUUUCCAUGUAAACUUAUAAUUGUGUUAUAGGAAAGCUUUCGGUGAAUUAAUUAAAAUAAAUAUAUACAUUAAGGUUGCAAGUGUCUCAGAAUGAAAUACACUAUUGUAGCAGUAGUUAGGAACAUGUAAUGUAUGUUAUAUUUGGUGUGAGCAAAAAUAGAGUAAUUCCAAUCAUUUAUUACAGAAGUAAAACAAAUGGAUAUUUUCUUUGUUACUUCUGGGGUAGAAUUAAAAUCUUUGAUUUAAUUCAUGAGAAUGAGAUUUUCACCCCUUAAGACCGGAGGGCGUAUUAUUACGCCCUAUUUUAGGCAGCUCUAAACGCCGCCGGGCGUAAUAGUACGCCCUCCGGUCUUUCUUUAGUUACCCAGCGGCAGAUCUUCCCUCUUGCAGCCCCCCCGGCCAUGUGAGAGUGAGGUCCUUGCGAGGACCUCACAAUCACAUGGCCCGGAUAGCUGGCUGCAGCCUUGCCAGCAGGGGGGCUGCCUGUAAUGACAGGUAUUCCCCGGCAUUUAAUAUGAAAGAGGUGAAUUACGGUUGGACAGACAUGUAGCGCAAAUGCCAGGUUUUGUUUACAUUUUGUUUUGUUCACAACGUGAAUACCUUUACCUGAUUUAUACAGAUCCCGAAGAUUUUGUACACCUCCAUGUGUCCCCCUCCCUCAGUUCUGGUGAAGUUGCUCCCAGGGGCCAGCCUGUCCCUUAAGCCACAGUAUCCCCCCCACAAAGCCUGUCCAAGCUCUUGCUAUUCCCUAACUCGUUAAGGCUCUGGUGUCAAAUGGUGCCCUGGUUCCCUGCAAUAUCCCACUUUUCCCUAUAAUGACGAAUUCUGUGAAGGAUACUGUCACCCUGCGGGGAUGAUGCUCUCUUACCUGGCCACUCUUUUGACACUUCCCGGGGGGGGAAUGAUAAGGUCUUGACUUAGACCUAGAUACUGACUCUAUUAUUUUCAGCCUUUUCCUCAUUGCAUCUUGUGGUUCAGAAAUAUACCAGAAUCUGAAGCUUAUUAUGAAGACCUGUUCUAGUUGGUGGAGAUGCAACACACCAUAACAGAUCUGUUCUGGAUUUGCUGUCACUACAGUGGACCAAAUAUCUCACCUCAACAAUGUCUGCACAAUAAGCUGAGCUAUAGGGUCUCACCACAGCAUGCAAGAUCUCUGAAGGAUACGCCAAUAUCAACACUGCCACAAGGUAUGCACUAGGCGUGGCACAUGCCUUCGGAACAAUCUGGAAGAUAAGACGAUUUCUCACAGCAACUGGCACACCAGUUAAGCAUAACAUGGCUAAAAGGAGCUGAUACACCUUCCUGAAGAAGUGGCCGUACUGAAGAUAAAGGCUCACGGAAGACUGAACUCAGAGGAGGCAUGUGAUAACUAUCUGGCUGACCAAGUUGUCCAAUAAGUUGUAAGUGCACUAAGGGAAGUGGACAGAAGAGUGUCCGUCAAAGAAACUUCCAUAUUCACCAUGUAAGAUCCUACCCACAGACCACAAGCUCCUGAAGGAAUAACAAGCAGCUACUGACCCUGAAGAAACACAAGCUGGAAAGAGAAAGGGGCAACCCUUAAAGACGGGCUGUACUCCAACGAUUUCAAGUUCUGCUUACCCAAGAGCAUAUACUCAGCAGUGGUCCAGUGGGCAAACGAAGCAUCAUACCUGUCCAAGACCCUCAUGAACUCUUUGAUCAACAAAUACUUUGAAGCACCAGGAAUUACCUUUCUGAGCAACAGUUACUGUAGAUCCUGUGCCAUUUGUGUCAAGGGUGUAGCGGAACGUCAAUAAUAAAUCCACGAAUUCCGCUGGUUCAGGAACGAAUCCACAGUCAAGCGCUGAAACAACAAGGCAAUAUCCCCAACCUCCCAGUAACCGGACGAGACACAGUUCUGAGAGUCAACUGAAAUCCUUUUAAUCGGCUGGACAAUUUAUACAAGUCCCCAUGCAAGGGGUUUCCUGAGUCCCUCCCCAGGGGCACUCCCAGAGGGGACUACAUGGGGGACUUACAUUACAGCAUAUUUCUCCCAUCAGGCACCGCUGCACGAGAGGGAUCAUCUUUCCAGAAUGCACCGUUAAGUGGAUUAUCCCCUCGUGCAGCAGAACCGACAAUUCACACAAAAAUCCAUAACUUGUUGAAUAUAUGGUGGAUUUACACGAAUGGACGUUCGGUAGAUAGCUGGGGUCUGAGCGCAUCAUUCGUGAGAUUACCGCUCAGAUCUCAGCUAAAAUAACCGAACGCCGCACGAAAGACAGAUUUCUGAUAAAACAUAUAAAAAGAACCGAUUGCUUGCAGGGAACAAAAUACCGAAUGUCCCGAAACUCCCGAACGUCCUGGAGGCUCAGCGGUGUUCGUGCCGUCGAGUAGCCGUUUUUAGUACCAUGCGCUCGACGACCUAGCACCGCUGAGGGAACAAAGGAUCCAAGAUGGCCGACCGCCGCAUGGUCGGUAGUCGAACGACGGCCACCCAGGAGAGCCUCUAAUAACCGAUUGUAACAUUGUUGCAAUCGGUUAACUAGCGCCACACGCCUCUAAGUGUGUGGGCUAUUAGGGGGUAUUGCGUACGGUUCACGAACGGCCCUCCAAAGUGCCGUUCGUGAAACGAAAGAAAAUCCCCAUACAAAACCGCCAUUUGCAUUCGGUUAAAGGCAAUGCAGAACAUACAUAAAGCAUACACAUACAGAAUGAAGCACAUAUCUCUCUAGACAUACAGGCAACCCUUAAAGGCACAGUCUCUUUGUAUUGUCCAAGUGGCUAGGUUUGCCACAAAGGGCAACUCAGGAAGAAUGGAGAAAAGCCCCAAGCAUCCAGCCAAACCUAACUAUUCCUUCCAGAGGAUUCAAGUUGACUACAUCCAGAUGCCAAAGCAUGGCUUACCCAGCCACCAAAGUGAUAACCAAGAGCACAUGCCGAGUAGUGCACCAUGAAAGUUGCAGAGAUCACCCCAUGGAUUCAUCAUUCCAGAAUCAAGCCUGCCUCUGCUUCAUGGGAAGUAGUGUUUGUUGAUCUUGACAACCUUCUUUUUUGAAACUCCAUUCUUAGAGAGCAAAGAUUCUUGUUUUAGAAAAUAUCAACAAGUGGGUGUUUUGAUGGCCAUAAUAAUGCCUGACCACCUGCCAUUGAUGGAAGCCGAGUACCCCAAAAGGGGACUGUAACGGACCGUUUCUCUCACAAGGGGAUAAAAUCGGUUUAGGCGAUAAUCCCCUUUCCCAUAGACCAGCAGCUACUGCAAUCACCAACCUCCUGAACUCCAAACUGCACGUAUUCACCAACUCUCGAACAGCAGACACAGGAACCCUGGAAGCAGCCGAACAGGAAAAGCAAUACAAACGGCUUACACUCCUGGCAGUCAGCACACAAUCCAAUUCCCCCAAUAACGAGACGACACUUCGUUUUGAGGGUUAAGCAGAAUCUGAGGUGCUGGCACACCCAGCCUGGUUUUUAUUACAGUGUUUUCAAAUACAGGACCGCCCACAGGGAGGUAUAAAACAACCAAUAACAUCACAGUUACAUCCCACAUAUUCCCUCCCCUUAUCCUGAGAGGAAACUCAAUUAUACAUACAGUUAAAACAUACUUUCUACCCAACUUUCAUAACUCUAAAACCAUACAUCACAUUCACAUAAAAUUACACAUUCACAAUCAAUCCAUUCAGGGGAACAACAUAUUCAAAAAUGGCACAAAUCAGACAAGGGGUUCAAAAGUUAGUAAAAAGUCCUUUGUGACUAAAUGAAGCAUGGCUUUCUGGCCCAAACCAGUUUCAGAGUCUUCUAUCCUGGAGAUAAGUAAUUCAAUUAUCUCCCAGGACAGACACAAGACUCCAUUAAGCACAUGGUUGCAAAAAGACACAAAACACUUUAAAAUACAUAAAGUCACCUUUUAUACAUAAAACACAGACAUUUCACAUAUCCCCAGAUAGCUCAGGUCUGAGCGCACAUUAUUAAGUGAAUGGCGCUCAGACCACACGAAUACAGUUUAAUCGCCAUGGAGCCAAAGUCUUUACAGUCAGUUUCAUACAAAUGGGCUCCAUGGGAUUCCUAUCUGGGGUAUAACACAUUCAAACACAUCUACCGAACCCCAGGCAGAAAAGCACGAAUACAGCUUUUCUGCAGGCAAAAAUAAAGUCUUUUAAAAGGGGGCCAUAGUCAGAUGGCAGGAGGCUGGCAACCAGGCUUCUCCAGUGCACAGUGGCGAGGUUGGUUUCGCCACACUUCUCCCCUUUACCAAUCAGACUAACAGGGUAUAUGACCUCCUGCCGGUCAGUGCCCUUGUUAGUCCAGCAGCCCACCCACAAAACACAAUCAGUAAUACAGCCCACCCACAAUAACUGGCUACUACACCUGGGUAGAGGAGAACUUUGUCCGUGUCCAGGUGCCUCACCAUGGCUGUGUGGGUGACUGGUCAGCGUACUGGGUGGGUUGCUGAGUGGGCAGAGACCAGCGGUACUCUGUCCUGAUGCCAGCACUACCACGGGAGUAGUCUGGUUGGAGCCUGGUUGCUGGAGGGGGGGACAGACUGUCUCCCCUUUGCCUAAACAGCCCUGCUGCUGGGGGACAGGACCGACUGUUCAUACCCCCGGUGGUGCAUGUGCAGAGACCACUGUCCCCUCUGCACUGUUGUGGAGAUUACUGUCUCCCCUUGGUGGGCUAAGCUGCCGCUGGGGAGAGGGGGUAACAAGCUCCUCUCCCAUACAUACUUUCAGCCGCUGGGGAGAGGGGAUAACAAGCUCCUCUCCCUGACACUCUCUCUGCUGUUGGAGGGGGGGACCAACUGUCUCCCCUUUUAAUAAAUUGUCCUGCUGCUGGGGAGCGAGACCGACUGUCUCCGCUUCCUGCAGAACACACUGCCGCUGGGGAGGGAGGACGACACCUUCAGCUCCCUGGGGUACACACUGCCGCUGGGGAGGAAGGACGGCACCCUUGGCUCCCUGGGGUACACACUGCCGCUGGGGAGGAAGGACGGUACCUUCAGCUCCCUGGGAUACCCACUGCCGCUGGGGAGGAAGGACGGCACCUUCUGCUCCCUGGGACACACACUGCCGCUGGGGAGGAAGGACGACACCUUUGGCUCCCUGGGAUCACACUGCCGCUGGGGAGGAAGGACGACACCUUCAGCUCCCUGGGAUACACACUGCCGCUGGGGAGGAAGGACGCACCUUCAGCUCCCUGGGAUACACACUGCCGCUGGGGAGGAAGGACGGCACCUUCUGCUCCCUGGGACACACACUGCCGCUGGGGAGGAAGGACGACACCUUUGGCUCCCUGGGACUCACACUGCCGCUGGGGAGGAAGGACGGCACCUUCAGCUCCCUGGGAUACACACUGCCGCUGGGGAGGAAGGACGACACCUUCAGCUCCCUGGGAUACACACUGCCGCUGGGGAGGAAGGACGGCACCUUCUGCUCCCUGGGGUACACACUGCCGCUGGGGAAGAAGGACGACACCUUUGGCUCCCUGGGACUCACACUGCCGCUGGGGAGGAAGGACGGCACCUUCAGCUCCCUGGGAUACACACUGCCGCUGGGGAGGAAGGACGACACCUUUGGCGCGAUCUGCCACGACCUGCAGGUACUCUGCUACAUGUCCCCUCACGCGCUGCACGAAUUCCUCAGAGGGGACAAAUGUAACAAGAGCCAGCCGCAAUUUAAGCUCUCGGUCAAACUCCUCCUGAGUGUAGCUGGGCGCCAUGUUUGCUCUGCCGAAGUUGGUUCCUUUGUAGAUAGGGUCGCUGUACGGGUACUAACGUUGCCCUCAAUUGUAAUCCAGGCACUGGUGUUGUCUUGUAGCUGUCCUUCUGGUUGUAGGAACGUUCCCGCCGCUUGCCACCAAUUGUAACGGACCGUUUCUCUCACAAGGGGAUAAAAUCGGUUUAGGCGAUAAUCCCCUUUCCCAUAGACCAGCAGCUACUGCAAUCACCAACCUCCUGAACUCCAAACUGCACGUAUUCACCAACUCUCGAACAGCAGACACAGGAACCCUGGAAGCAGCCGAACAGGAGAAGCAAUACAAACGGCUUACACUCCUGGCAGUCAGCACACAAUCCAAUUCCCCCAAUAACGAGACGACACUUCGUUUUGAGGGUUAAGCAGAAUCUGAGGUGCUGGCACACCCAGCCUGGUUUUUAUUACAGUGUUUUCAAAUACAGGACCGCCCACAGGGAGGUAUAAAACAACCAAUAACAUCACAGUUACAUCCCACAUAUUCCCUCCCCUUAUCCUGAGAGGAAACUCAAUUAUAUAUACAGUUAAAACAUACUUUCUACCCAACUUUCAUAACUCUAAAACCAUACAUCACAUUCACAUAAAAUUACACAUUCACAAUCAAUCCAUUCAGGGGAACAACACAUUAAAAAAUGGCACAAAUCAGACAAGGGGUUCAAAAGUUAGUAAAAAGUCCUUUGUGACUAAAUGAAGCAUGGCUUUCUGGCCCAAACCAGUUUCAGAGUCUUCUAUCCUGGAGAUAAGUAAUUCAAUUAUCUCCCAGGACAGACACAAGACUCCAUUAAGCACAUGGUUGCAAAAAGACACAAAACACUUUAAAAUACAUAAAGUCACCUUUUAUACAUAAAACACAGACAUUUCACAUAUCCCCAGAUAGCUCAGGUCUGAGCGCACAUUAUUAAGUGAAUGGCGCUCAGACCACACGAAUACAGUUUAAUCGCCAUGGAGCCAAAGUCUUUACAGUCAGUUUCAUACAAAUGGGCUCCAUGGGAUUCCUAUCUGGGGUAUAACACAUUCAAACACAUCUACCGAACCCCAGGCAGAAAAGCACGAAUACAGCUUUUCUGCAGGCAAAAAUAAAGUCUUUUAAAAGGGGGCCAUAGUCAGAUGGCAGGAGGCUGGCAACCAGGCUUCUCCAGUGCACAGUGGCGAGGUUGGUUUCGCCACAGGGACCUUGUGAAACUAAAGAGAAUCAGAAGUACUCCUUACCCUGCAGCCCUCACGUCCGGAAGCUGAGGUGCCUACGCACGGUCGAAGCUUCUUCAGGAUCAUCUGCUUAUCUUGAGUUUGUGGUGAAAUUAAUAUUGAAUUUUUAAAUGAUCUGAGUCUGCCAGUACUAAGGUAGCAUGAGACAGGAUUUAUAUGAUUAAGAAUAAGUAAAUGUGCCCUAGCCAAGGUUAUUAUGUCCAUACAAAUAAUACAUGACAAUCACCAAGGUACUCUUGACACACCACAUUCAUGCUUCAGGACAAAAAGGAGCACCCCUAUAAAGGGCGGUUUAACCCACACAUAUAUAUUAAUGCCAUAGGUGUGUCAAGGGGGGUACCAAAUGAUUUUAAGGUAAGAAACCCAAACCUUCUCCCAAGCAUUACAGCUAAUAAAAUCUGAAUUGGAAGGGAGGAGGUUCAUACAAUAAACAGGGGACCUUUUACUUACAGGACAUGUAUGACUCAUCUGAAUGGGUAGGUGCCACGCACAUGACUGUUAAUCCCCUCAAACCACACAUUAAGACUUUAAAAGGCAUGGUAGUCAUCCCAUAUUUGAGGAUGCUAUGGCUGUAGAGAAACUUGUGGCUUGAAUGGGUGAAAUACAAUGCGAAUAAACAUAACAAGUCUAACUGCUAUGUCUGCGGAGGAGCAAGGCCUCACCCAGGUACUGUACCCCUCCGGAUAUAGAGGUAUGCUUUUUAAGUCUCUACACUAUAUUUAAAACUAAUCGGUCAGCAUGCGAGUCAUGGAAAAAGAAUAUCCAAUCAUUACAAAAAUAUUAACCCAGACGGGUUAAAAGCACUGGCGUACUAUAUAGAAGGCAUUACUAUAUAUCCAGGGAACUAUACUUGUUAUGGGAUAUAUGGUGGGAUAGGGCAGUUACAAGCUACCUCCCAGAUGACUUUCCAGAAUCGGAUGGUCUUAGAGAUGAUUUUGACAGGAAAAGGGAGAGUAUGUAAAAUACUCCCAGACACCAUGACAUGCUGUACCUAUAUUCCGGAUAAUACAGGCCCUAAUGGUAAGGUAACUUUGGCCAUAGAAAAGUUAAAGAGUUUGUCCGAUGAGCUGAAACGAAAUUCUGGGGCCACAGAUCCAUGGGAAAGAUUGUUUGGAUGAAUGAAUGAUUGGUAGAAAGUUCUGACCCAGAUAGGUGUGGCUGUCUUGAUAAUGUUGAUUAUUCUUGCUCCUAUUGUCUGUUAUGUGUUACCCUGUCUUAAGAAAUGACUACAAAAGACAGUUGAUCAGACAAUCGACCAGACUACCCCGACUUUCCUUCACCAAGAGAUUGACGACAUAGACUGUGAUAUACCACAUACACCCUUACAGUCUUUCAUUGACCAGCAACUUGUGUCCGGUGUGAAUUACUCUACGGAAGCGUGCAUGCAUAUAUUUUAAUAAGGACAGGGGCAGAUACACAAAGAUUAUCAAACACUUGAUUUGAUCCAAAACAGCAUAAUAGGGUCACCCCACUUAUGCUCACUUUAUCUGCAUACGUUAACCUUGCACAUGAAUGCUGGUGUACAUGUCUAAAAACGUUUACUGUGUGUACUGCAGUAUGAUUCGAUUAUUAUGUCUAGUUGCAUUUGGUAAGAUUUAUAAUAUGGAAAUCAUUGCUAGCAGUUAGCGGCACACGUUUUAGGUAUUAGUGGCUUGUGGGUAAACCAUAGCGGCAACAGUAUAAAUUAUUACUUAACGUUUGUAUGAUGGAAUAUUUAAUUUUUUUCAGCAUGGACAGGUUAAAGUUCAAUUUAUUUUAGGAAGGGUCUUGCUGUUUUGUUAACGUGGUACCUUGGGUCACCUUCAUGUGUUUAGUCUGGGAAGGGGGAAAGGGCCCAGUGUAUGAGGAGGGAUGGGUGGACGUACUGACAGCUUUUAUUCUUUGUCAUUUAGUUAUAUGAACUUAUUCAGCUAAAAUAACAAUAAAUAUUACUUUAUUGUGAAUUCUUUGUGACUUAAAUUACAAUAUCUGUUUAUUUUUAUUUACAGCAACAAUUGUAAUGAACUUCAAAUACAAAAACAGUGCAAUCCCUCAAGGUUCAUAUACGGCCCUAAGGGACCUGGCGCAAGAGGUAAAUUCAUAACUUGGACUAACUUGGAUACAGUGUGAGUGAGGAGCGUGAUGUCCUGCACGGAGUCCUAAUUUAUCAGCUUUCCUGUAAGGAAUAAGUUACACUGUGACAGAUGAAGGAUUAGUAGAAUUAUAGAUGUAGAUUUGUAGAUAUGAGUAACAGAAGUGAAAAACCUGAGUGGGCACAUCGGAUGGCCCAUGCACUUAGGAACACCCAACGGGCAUGCAUCAUCAUGGGCCAAGUCGUGUGCUGCGCAACCAGGGUCCUUUCAUAUCGGCAGCCUGUCGCUUACCCCCAGCUACAGACAUUGAGUCGCAUGGGAUGGGAAGGGAGGAGGGGAGUGCAAACUGGGAGAGACAGUCUCUGACUCCCGACAUCCUCAGCCAACAGGUCAUACUGGACCCCAGUGAAGCCACCCUUGUGCACCCAAAAGGUAGGAAAUGGGAGGGUGGCUAAAGGUGUCUUUUUUUUUAUUGUCAUUGUGUGUUUCUGUGUGUCUGUGUAUCUGCAGGUGUGCCAGUGUUUUUAUUUAUGUCUCUGUGUAUCAGUGUGCAUAUCUGUGUGUCUGUAUGUGUCAUUGUGUGUAUCUCUGUGUCUGUGUAUCGGUUUGUCUGCAUACUUGCAUGUGCAUCAGAGCAUGUACCUGUGUGUCUGUAUUUCUGUAUGUCUGCCGAUUUUUGUAUCUUUGUGUCUGUGCUUGAAUGUUAGUGUGUGUAUCUGUGUGCACAUGUGUAUAUAUGUGUGUGUGUGUGUGUGUGUGUGUAUGUGUCAUUGUGUGUAUGUGUGUGCAUUUAAUGGCCAACGCUACAUACAAACACAGCCCUACAUUCAAAGGCAAACAUUACACACAAGUACGCCAGUGCUUUCAAAUGUCAACAGUACAUAAAAACACACGCGCGUAUUCAAAUGCCAACACUACACAUAAAUUCACCCAGAGCCAUAACUAGAAACCAUGGGGCCUCCACCCACAACCCUCAAUGUGUCUCAUUCAAACAAACACACACUGACAUACAUGCACAUAAACACCAUAUAACACAUACAGAUACAUACACAUACACACACGCAAAUACAGACACACAAACUAACACACAGAUUCACAGACACAUAUAUACACACAGACACACAUGCAGACACAUAUACACAGAAUGACACUCUUAUUAUUAUUAUUAAUAUUGGUAUUUAUAUAGCACCAGUUUAUUCCUCAGCGCUUAUAGAUACAAACACUGACACAAAUGCAGAUACAUAGACACAUAUGCGGAUACACAGACACACAUACAGGCAGAUACACAAACACUUAAGGAAAAACAUUCAAAUACACAGAAUGACACUCAUACAGAUACAUUCAGUGACACACAUACAGAUACACAGGGCACACACUGACAUACAGAUAUGCAGACAUACAGAUACGCAGACAAACAUAUAUACACGCAGGCACACACAUAAAUACAGAGACACAUACACACACACACAUACAGAGACAAACACACAUACAGAGACACACAUAAACAAACACACACACAUGCAAAAUGGUUUAGUCACUGAAACGGCACCCCCAGGCAUAAAAGGGGUUAACAGAUGUUUAGGAGAUAUUCACUUCCAGAUAUACAAGCAGCUACUGUAGACACCAAUCCACCGAACCAGAGAAGCAUACAAAUGCUCUCAAACAUACGAAUGCUGUAAACAGCCGAAUAGGAAAAACCAUACGAAUAGGUUUACACUCCUAGCAGUCGAACUGGAACUGCAUACAAUAAAUCCCCCCCCAAGAACGAGACAAGGCUCCAUUUUGAGGGUGAAGCAGGACCCCACCCACAGGGUUUUGGAAAACAACCAAUAAACACAUACAAAACACUCAGACACUCCCACACAAAAUUCUCCCCUCUGCCUGUGAUACAAUUACCUUACACAAUGGGUAAUGUAAUUAUCACAGGCAGAGAAAUACAGUUUUUCCACAUUAUUCAUAAUUUUAAAAGUAUGCAUCACAUUCACAUAAAACUUUCAGAAUUUUCAGAAUUAGCAUACUCCAAAUACAAACAUACGUCAAAAUCAUACAAAUUGGUCCAGUGGUUCAAAAGAUAGAUCGUAGUCCUUUGUGACCAAAUGAAGCAUGGCUUUUCUGCCCAAAACCAGUUCCACAGAGUCUUCUAUCCUGGAGAUAAUUGGGAAGUAAUCCAAUUACCUCCAAGGACAGAGGCAAAACUCCAUUGAAUACAUGGCAGCAAAAGACAAUAAAAUACAUAAAAAUAUAUAACUGUGCAGCCAUUGCAUAAAACAGGUACAUUCAACAUAUCCCCAGAUAGCUCAGAUCUGAGCGCACAUUAUUACUGAAUGGCGCUUAGAUCACACACAUACAGUUCAAUUGCCAUGGAUCCAAAGUCUUUCCCAUAGUCUUUCAUUAUACGAAUGGGCUCCAUGGCAUAGCUAUCUGGGGUAUCACCGCUCAAACAGGGCAAGCACCGAAUGACCCGGCUUUCGUGUCUUUGCAGGGGAAAAUCAAGCGUUUCAACAUGGGGCCAUAGUCUAAAGGCAGCAGGCAGGCAACCAGGCUCCUCCAAUGCACAGUGGCGAAAUUGGUCUUGUCACAGUCAACCUCCUGUUUCCUACCUUUUAGAUGCAGGAGGGUGACUUUCCUAGGGUCCAGUGGUGGCUCAAGCUGAUGGGAGUCAGAGUUUUCACUCUGACUCUCUCCUCUCCUUCCUCCUCCCACGCGGGCACGGUUAUUGCUGGGAGUGACCAGGGCAGUCACUUCCUUCCAACUCAGUCUGACAUCAUCAGAGGGGGCCCGGUCAGCUGUUAAAGCUCUGGAGCGCUGACCGGACUCCCUGGAUAUUCGUUGCCAUCGGGUGGCCCACGCUGGGAUUUGGAAGAACUGCUGGGUCCGCAACACAUGGCGGUGAUGUCAAAUGGAGCCGGAGAGCCUCCUGUAAAACCAAUACUGGGAUUGGCUGUCAGGUAACUUCUUUAUUAGUGCGAUGUCGUCAUCGAUGUAACUCUGAUUAUUACAUCAGUUAAUGCUGGUUAUCUGAGGACAUUCCAAUCCAUUGUAAACAUUAUAGGAACCUAAAAGGAAAUCUCUGACUUAAAUUAUUUGUUUUCAGGGAUAGUUAUAUGAAAUUCCCAAAUAUUCUUCAGCUACUUUAGGUUUCCACUGGAACGGUUCUUCCAGUUAUCUUUCUAUCUUCCAAUUCCCUUUACUGCUUUUACUGGGAGCCGGGAGCCUGUUCCAGUUAUCUACCACCCUUUCUGCAGCACAGUUAGCCAUUGGGAGGCAUAGAAUAGGGACGGAGGAUGGGGCUUUAGACAUGGACUUGGCAGGCUCAUAUAAAGCAUCUCGGCCCUACGUCUAGGACCCCGCAGAGAAUGCUGCUAAUGAUGUGCUCGUGGUUCCCCUUGCAGGCACUGCUAAUUCUACUCAACACAAGCAUUGCCAGCAUGCUGUGGGCGCUGAUGACGGAUGUAUUUUAUGCAGUUAAUUGAUAUUUGGCAAUCUGGGACAGAGUUCCAAGCUGUCAAAAUGACAUGUGCAGGUGGGGUAACAAGGCUCCAACACAAAAGCGCAGAUUACACUGGCUGUGCAGCGUUUCAACCAGAAACACUGCGCUUACAGAUUCCUACCACAAUGAUCAUUUUAAAUCAUUGAAGUGGUCAUGGUGGUUGAAGUAAUCCUUUAAGAUAUAGACAUUAUGCAACAAACAAUUCUAAACUAAAUUUUUUUUAUAUAAACCGUUUUUAGAAGGCAUUAAAUAAUUGCCUGGUUAUUAUUAAAUAUUUGUUUUUAUUUUUAGCCUAAUCAAGUAUCAAAUUCUGGCAACUUGUUCUUUUAUUUGUCGAAUUUCCUAAAUCUUCCCAUUUUAAAGUUAUUAUUGUAAAGAUACAUGUCAAUUCACUCUAGCCUGACAAAGGUUUUUAAAUUUUAUUUUCAUUUUUUUUGUGCAAAAAUUCUAAUAUUUACUGUCACAACUUGUGAUGGUGAUGGUUGCAAGCAGAUUACGCACGCUCCAUAUAAGACCAUAUAAAUCAGUCACUAAAUGGUGAAGUACUUUAACUGGCUUCAAAACAAGAGCAGGUUUACAGAUGGUACCUUGCUAUGUUGUACCAGGAGAACUCUGGAAUGUGGUAAUUGGGGUGGGUCUUGUCCUUAUAUGACUAGGGUGAUACUCCUACGUCAUUAUGGUCAUAUCCAUAUAGGAUAGUGAACAAGGGACCACAAGAUUAUUUUUGUCCGGCGGUCUAGCUAUGUAGAAUCUAACUCUCUCUUCAGGAGUCCAGAAAUCACUUCUGCUUUGAACAUCCAUUAUCCUGUAACAUCCAUAGAAACAUAGAAUGUGACGGCAGAUAAGAACCAUUCGGCCCAUCUAGUCUGCCCAAUUUUCUAAAUACUUUCCUUAUUCCCUGGCCUUAUCUUAUAGUUAGGAUAGCCUUAUGCCUAUCCCACACAUGCUUAAAGGACCACUAUAGUGCCAGGAAAACAUACUCGUUUUCCUGGCACUAUAGUGCCCUGAGGGUGCCCCCUCCUGCCCGGCUCUGGAAGGGGGAAAGGGGUUAAAUCUUACCUUUUUCCAGCGCUGGGUGGAGAGCUCUCCUCCUCCGAUCCUCCUCUUCUCUUCCCCGUCGGCUGAAUGCGCAUGCGCGGCAAGAGCUGCGCGCGCAUUCAGCCGGUCACAUAGGAAAGCAUUCAUAAUGCUUUCCUAUGGACGCUGGCGUGCUCUCACUGUGAAAAUCACAGUGAGAAGCACGCAAGCGCCUCUAGUGGCUGUCAAUGAGACAGCUACUAGAGGAUUAGGGGGAAGGCUUAACCCAUUCAUAAACAUAGCAGUUUCUCUGAAACUGCUAUGUUUAUGAAAAAAUGGGUUAACCCUAGCUGGACCUGGCACGCAGACCACUUCAUUAAGCUGAAGUGGUCUGGGUGCCUAGAGUGGUCCUUUAAACUCCUUUACUGUGUUAACCUCUACCACUUCAGCUGGAAGGCUAUUCCAUGCAUCCACUACCCUCAGUUAAGUAAUACUUUCUGAUAUUAUUUUUAAACCUUUACCCCUCUAAUUUAAGACUAUGUCCUCUUGUUGUGGUAGUUUUUCUUCUUUUAAAUAUUGUCUCCUCUUUUACUGUGUUGAUUCCCUUUAUGUAUUUAAAUGUUUCUAUCAUAUCCCCCUGUCUCGUCUUUCCUCCAAGCUAUACAUGUUAAGAUCCUUUAACCUUUCCUGGUAAGUUUUAUCCUGCAAUCCAUGAACCAGUUUAGUAGCCCUUCUCUGAACUCUCUCUAAGGUAUCAAUAUCCUUCUGAAGAUACUGCGUACAAUACUCCAAGUGAGCUCUCACCAGUGUUCUGUACCUCUCCCUACACAACCAAGCAUUCUGCUAGCAUUUCCUGUUGCUCUAUUACAUUGUCUGCCUACCUUUAAGUCACCAGAAAUAAUUACCCCUAUAUCUCUUUCCUCAGAUGUUGAGGUUAGGACUCUAUCACAUAUUAUGUACAACACUGCCCUUGGGUUUUUACGUCCGAGAUGCAUUAUCUUACACUUAUCCACAUUAAAUGUUAGUUGCCACAACUCUUACCAUUUUUCUAGUUUACCUAAAUCAUUUGACAUUUGGCUUAUCCCUCCUGGAACAUCAAGCCUGUUACAUAUCUUAUUAUCAGCAAACAGACAUACCUUACCAUCAAGACCUCUUUCUGCCUAAUCUUAUAGAUCUGUCUAUCUUCUUCAAUCUGGUUUUUUUUUAUAAUUACUAAAUGCUAACUUUAAGUUUUUUUUAACCACAAUGGUUUCUUAAAUUUGUUGCUCUUACUGACAAGCCUAAUGCAAUUUUCUGUUGCCUUCAAUAGUGCAACUUUUAAAUAAUCCCAUUUCUCGUGAUCUCCAUUUAAAUUGCUCCAGUCUGAUAAUGCUCCUCUACCCAUAUUCUAAUUUUAGAAAAGUCUGUUUUUCUAAGGUCUAAAUCUUUUGUUUUUAUGUGAUGUGACUCAGUCACUGUUCUUAUAUUAAACCACACUGACUGAUGAUCACUGGAUCCUAAACUUUCCCCUACAGUAAUAUCUGAUACCAAAUCUCCAUUUGUUGACACUAAAUCUAGUAUGGCCCCCUUACGAGUUGGCUCCUUAAUGACUUGUUUUAGAGACAAUCCUAGUAGGGAGUUUAGAAUAUAUGUGCUCCUGGCACAAGCAGGCACAAGCAGCUAUUUUGGUCACCCAUGAUGGCAACUUCCCCCAUCAUUGUCAUUUUAUCUAUUUUCUCAACUAGUAGAUUAUCUAACUCUUCUAUUUGUCCUGGAGGCCUAUAAAUCACACCUACACGAGUUACUGUGUGAUUACCAAAUUCUAACGUAAACCAAACGGACUCUAUGUUCGCCUCACUAGCUUUUAUUAGGCUAGAUUUUUUCCUUUGUUGUUUUCUUAUGUAUCAGUAACUGUAAGAAUAAACCUGAAGAAACUGUAAGCCAGAUUGCGUAUUAGUAUUUUUGGUUAAUACAGACGUAUUUUAACAUGGCAAGCCUUUUCCCCAAUAAGUAAUAUACAUAAAAUAAUUAUUUCAAUCAACUUGGAAAAAGACACAGUAUUCAAUCAACCUGGAAAAAGACACAGUAUUCCAAUUCAUUUAACCUACAAAAAGAACAGGACAAGACAGAUAAUAGAAAAUAUGUGGACACUGAGUGUACAAAUGCCACAAAAAUCCACACACCACUCUCUUAAUCCCAAAACAGUGAAUGUAUACAAUACUUGUAAAUACAGGGAUAUAUACUGGUAGUGUUCCGUGUACUUGGAACAGUACAUAGUGUAAACUGUAUAUGGAAAUAACAAUAAUAAAAAUGUAUAAUGGAUCCACUCACGAAUUCUAGAGCCGUGCCAGGCUCUAUGUUGAAUGCCCAAGGGUGCCUAUACAGGCUAAGUGCAGAGUCUUCACAAUACUCCUCAAGGCAGAAGAGACAGCAAGGAUGGUAUAAAAAUGAAUAAAUUUAUUAUAAAAACAACUAAACAAGUUGUAUAAAAAAGUGCAAAUAAGCAAUGUAAUGUAUGCAGACGCGUUUCAACUCGAUCAGAGUCUUCCUCAGUGCAUAAGAAAGUCCAUCCGGCUGAUUCUCUUUAAGUGUACCGCUCAUCUGGCUGCCGGUCACAUGGGCGGAAGUUCGGCUUGCCGGCGUCUGACGUCACUUCCGGUUCUUUCGGCGCUCAUUUCGUCGGCUUCCCUCUUCACAAAGAAUUUGCCCAAUUGAAGCAUCGGCUUCCACUGUACAUAUGGGCAACUCUAGAAAACUUACAGACAAUAAAGAUAUAGAUAUACAAAGUCUAUAUGAACUAUGGUGAUAUAGUGUGGAAUAUCAAAAGUAUUAUAGCUAUGGCCCAUAUGUAAAGACUAGGGUAUGUAAGGCAAACUAAAAGGAUAUGUAAUAAACAGGCAAAAAAUAAAAAUAAAAAUAAAAAUAAAUAUAAAAAUAAUAGUAAAUAAAAAAUCAUAGAUGAUAAUAAAUAAAGAUAAAUAUAAAAAUAAAAUUAAAUAAAAAUAAAAUUAAAAAUAAAAUUAAAAAUAAAAAUAAAAAUAAAAUGAAAAUAAAAAUAAAAAUAGAAAUAGAAACAAAUGUAGAAAUAUAAGAAUAUAAAAAAUAAAAAUUAAAAAUAAAUAAAAAAUAAGAAUAAUAAUAAAUGAAAAAAUAAAGGAAAAUAUAACUAUAAAAAAUGAACCAACUCAAAAUCUAAAUUUAGGCCUUUGGGGGAUAAGGUAUCAAGCUCAAAGAUCCACCAGCUCUCAGUUUUGCAGAGUUCCUUGAAGUUGUCCUCACCUCUCCAAUCUUUUUUCUUUUGGGCCAUAGCAAUAAAACUAACAAGUGAAGGAUCACUAUUGUGAUAUUGUGCAAAAUGUGCAGAGACACUGUGUUUUGCAUAGCCUCUUUGUAUAUUACCCAAAUGUUCCAUUAUACGAGUUUUUAAAGUCCUUGUGGUCAUUCCCACAUAUUGUAGACCGCAAGGACACCAAAGAAGAUAUAUCACAUUGCUGGAAUGGCAAGUAAGAAUUGAGUUGAUCUUAUACUCUUUAUGUGAUACAUAAGACACAAAACUGGUACGAGUGUCUUUUUUAAAUUUUGUCUUCUUACAGGCUGUGCACAUUUUACACGGAUAGAAACCAAACUUCUGAUUAAAAAUAUUCAUAUUAGUGGCAUUAGUUUUUAUAUGAUUUUUAACUAAAAAAGUCUGAAGAUUUUUUGUGCCUCUAUAUACAAUUUUUGGUUUCUUACCGAUGAUACUCUGAAGACUAUCAUCAGUUUGCAGGAUGUGCCAAUACUUAUUAAUAAUUGAUUUUACAUGGCCAGCAUCACUGCUAUAAUCCAAGAUCAAAAGGGGUUCAUCAACUUGUUGUUUCGUAGUUUCUUUAUUUCUAUAUGUUAGUAGGGACUCCCUAUUUAUUGAUUUAGUCUCCUGUAUCUGACGGUCCAAAACUGUCGGAUCAUAUUUCUUCUCCACAAAAAAUCGCUUCAAACAAUCUGCCUGUUUAUCAUAUUCUAUAAUGUCACUACAAUUUUUAAAAAUACGAUUAAAUUGACUUUUUGGUACAUUGCGCAACCACGGGUCGUAAUGGCAGCUCGUGGUGUCAAUGUACCCAUUAACGUCCACUGGUUUAAAAAAAGUUUUUGUAAAAAUAUGAUUAUUCAUAACAUAGAUCUCCACAUCCAAGAACUGGACAGAUGUCUGGCUAAUUUGACUAGUUAAAACUAUGCUUCUUUGGUUAUCAUUAAGUUUAUCUAAAAAUAGAUCCAGGGAGGUGCUAGUGCCUUUCCAAAUAAAGAAAAUGUCAUCGAUAUAUCUGCGAUAGAGGACCAGACCCGCUCCCAUGUCGUCUCGACCUGGGAGAAAAGUAUUUUCCCAGCGUGACAUGAAUAAGUUGGCAUAACUGGGAGCGAAUCUGGUCCCCAUCGCAGUACCGACUAACUGUAGAAAGAAUAAGCCAUCGAACCAAAAAAAAUUAUUAGUCAGUAUAAGGCGGAUACUGUCUAUGAUGAACUGAAUCUGGUUCUCAACAAACCUAUUACUCGAAGUCAGAAAUUGUUGAACAGCUUCAGAACCCAAUUCGUGCGAAAUAAUGGUAUAAAGGCUGGACACAUCGCAUGUAACUAAAUGGUAGUCAUCUUCCCAUUUAAUGUGUUGUAAAAUAUUUAUUAUCUGAGUAGAAUCUCUCAGAUACGUAGGUUGUGAGAUUACCAAGGGUUGGAGUAGUCUGUCUAUAUACUCAGAUAAUCUACUAAGUAUAGACCCAAUCCCGGAUACUAUAGGUCUUCCGGGAGGAUUUUUUAUAUCCUUAUGGAUUUUUGGGAGUAUAUAGAAGACUGAUAUCCGACUUACGGCUAUAUUUAAAUACUUAUACUCAUGUUUGUUGAGGAUACCGUCUUCCAUGCCCUUACUUAAUAAUGACGUGUAUUUUUUCUUUAUAUCUGAUGUAGGAUCGGCCUUUAACUGAACAUAGGUGGAGGCAUCGUUCAGCUGUCUAUAGACUUCCGUCAUAUAGUCCGCAACAUUCAGCACAACGAUGCCCCCACCCUUAUCAGCUGGCUUAAUGACUAUGUUGUGAUCUAGUUGGAGAUCCUUAAGGGCUUUAAUUUGUGCAUAAUUAAGAUUGCCUUUUUUCUUUUUCUUAUUAUUUAUUUGUCUCACAUCUUUCAUCACCAACUUCUCAAAGACCUUCAUUUCACCACUAAUGUGAUUUUUUGGAAAAAAGUGGGAUUUGUCUUUUAAGUUGGUGUGAACAAAAGUGUCACAAAUGGCUCCCUCUUGUUCACUAGUAGAAAAUUUGUUAAAAUGUUUUUUAAGACAAAGUUUACGAAUAAAUGUAUGCAUAUCUACAAAUGUGUUAAAAGGUUUAUUGUUGCUAGUUGGUGCGAAUUUUAAGCCCUUAUUAACGACCUCCAAUUCUUGAUUGGUAAGGACUUUAUCUGAAAGAUUAAAGAUACCUAGUGGUGGUUUCUUCCUCUUUUUUUCAAGGUCCAGACAUCUUCCUGCACGACAUCCCCUUCUCCCUGAGCCCAAGGUCUUUUGGACCUCUGGGGACGGGGAGAUGCAUCCUGUCCUAAAAAAGGGCGCGAUGAAGGUUUGGAGAUUUCGGCAUAAGACUUGGUUUGGUUUAUGACAGUCUGAUUUUUAUUAUCCAUCAAAGGUCUAAACCUAUUGCCAUAGUUGGAAGUGUGUUGCUGGUUACGUAUAGGGAGUUGUAUUUGAUUGGGUCCACUGCAUAUAACCAAAUUCUGAGAAGUAGACCUCGUUUGUUCAUGAGUAUGGAUUUUUUUUUUUUUAUUAUUAUUAUUAUACCUAUUGUUGUUAUUUCCAUUAUAAUUUCUAUGUAUAUACAUGGAGUUAGAGUUACUAGAAUGGUUUCUGUUGUAUUUAGCAAAUGAACGAACUCUAUCAUAAGCAUAAUCAUGCUUGUCCCUAAUAUAUUUACUUUUUUUAACAGAGAUGACCUCUUCCUCCUGUUUAUCAACAUUUUCUUGGACCCUUUUUAGGGAAAUAGACAUUUCUUCAAUUUGUGACAUAGGUUGCAAUUUAUCUUUAAUCUCAUUAAUCUCCCUAUCUAGUUUAACAACUAGAUAAGAGAGUGGUGUGUGGAUUUUUGUGGCAUUUGUACACUCAGUGUCCACAUAUUUUCUACUGCAUACUUUGUAUUUGAGGUGUUGGGGAACACUUUUUCCACCACCACUUUUGUGUCUUUGUAUUGUGUAAGCGCCAUUCACUUAUUUAUUUUUUAUUAUUAAGACAGAUAAUAGUGCAAUAUCAUCUGACAAUGUUAAGAGUUCAGUGAGACUCACUCACAUUUUUCAGAGCUAACUUAGAGCUCUGAUGAAUUGCACAUGGACGGUAUAAUCCCCGUCUAAGGAUAUAUGUAAGUCCAGAUGGUAGAAGUUCUCCGGAUAAAGUAAUGCAAGUAUAAUAUGUGGAAACAGAAGCAAAAAAGACUCCAAUAGUGAAGUAAGUAUGUUCAAAUCAAAUAUAGGAAAAGCAUUGUACUUACAAUUCCUAGAGCAAGACUCCGAGCAGUUCAUGUAUGUAUUAAUGUACUAAUUACGUUUUGAGGAUAUCAUUUUGCCGCUGUGCAUCCUCCUCUUUUUGGUUUUGCUUGAAAACACAAGGUUUGGAAAUCCUUGUGUGAUCCACCGCAGCCUAUAUUUCUUUAUAUUAUAGUAAGCGCCUAUAACAUUAUCUUUGUGUACCAUAAGUGGUUACCCUGCUUACUGAAUGGGCCAGUAGACUGGGGUUAAACCCUGGAGAACCAUUGCAUAGACCAGGAGAUAGAGCACCUGCUGGCUCAGUCAGUAAAGGGAGGGGUAACCAAUGGAAGAUAAAAAUAUAAGAAUAAGUUUAAAGAGAGAAACAACACAUGACCCUCAACAUAAUUACUGAUAUAAUGUGUCUUAUCAUGAUUUCUGUGAAAGAUUUUCAUAGUUUAAUAGAAACGGGUUGGCUUAAACAUUUUUUCCUUGUUUUUCUCUACUAGAUAUGCCAAGUGAUAUAUUCAUCGCCAUCCCGAAAUCCUGGGGCCACACUGACUUUGCGGCAGUACAGCUUUUCAAUAGACUGCACAUAUUUGAUUUAG